AUUAAAUUUAUGAUGUGUAUUGAUUGUUACAGGUCCUCCCACUUUUAGUGCAUGUGGUCACGAAAGAGGGAGGGGCUGAGAUUACACCACGGUCGCUUAGCUGCACACAUUUGCACCUGGGGCAGUGAAGUUGUGUUCUUGCUCUCUCUCUCUAGCUUUGAGCUUGUUGCAGUUACCGAGUAUCCAGGAGGGUUCUCCAAAAUGGCUGAAGCUGUGAGGGUUCUCGUGAGGUGUCGGCCAAUGAAUGAAAGAGAGCGUAAACUGGAGUGUGGAGUGGUUGUACAAAUGGAUCCGAAAAUAGUACAAGUGCAACUUUUAAAGCCGACUACCUCCAAGGAGCAAAUCCCCCCGAAGAUGUUCACUUUUGAUGGAGUCUACAACACACAGGACACGACCCAGCAAAUCUACGAGGAGAUGUGUUUCUCCCUAGUGGGUGGAGUUCUCGAGGGCUACAAUGGGACUGUGUUUGCAUAUGGUCAGACGGGAUGUGGGAAAAGCUUCUCUAUGAUGGGAGUGGAGGACCCUGCCGUGAAUAGAGGUAUCAUUCCCAGAGCAUUUGAGCACGUUUUUGAUCAUGUGGCUGUCGCAAGUGAUAUCAAAUUCUUGGUUAGAGCUUCCUACCUUGAAAUCUACAAUGAAGAGGUCAGGGAUCUGCUUGGUAGAGAUGCUAAGAAGAAACUGGACCUUCACGAGCACCCUGAAAAAGGAGUGUAUGUACAGGGACUCUCAAUGCACAAGGUGCACAAUGUGUCUGAUCUUGAGAAUGUGAUGGAGCUGGGUAGCAAGAACCGCAGUGUGGGUGCUACCCUCAUGAACGUGGACUCCUCUCGCUCCCACUCUAUAUUCAGUAUAGACAUUGAGAUGCUCGAGAGUGGGGUGGGAGGGGCUGAAGAUAAGUUGAGGGCGGGUAGACUCAACCUUGUGGAUCUGGCUGGGAGUGAGAGACAGUCUAAGACCGGGUCCACUGGUGCUCGUCUGAAGGAAGCCACCAAAAUCAACCUCUCCCUCUCUGCUCUGGGUAACGUCAUCUCUGCUCUAGUGGACGGCAAGUCAAAACACAUUCCCUAUCGUGACUCUAAGCUCACUCGAUUGCUCCAAUCUUCUCUCGGCGGUAACACCAAAACUCUCAUGAUUGCUUGUGUCAGUCCAGCUGAUAAUAACUAUGACGAAACCCUCAGUACCCUACGCUAUGCCAAUCGAGCUAAGAACAUCAAGAACAAGCCCAAGAUCAAUGAGGACCCCAAAGAUGCACUGCUGCGAGAGUACCAGGAGGAAAUAAAGAAGCUGAAGAUGAUGCUACUCGGACAGAUGGAUGUUCCUACUGACUUUCAAGGUGGUGAUAUAUCACCACCCAAACAGCCGCUUUCCCCUCCAUAUCAUCAAGGAGACAUACAGCCUGAGGACAGUGGGCUGGUUGGACCCUCAGAGGACAUGUGGAAGAAGUGGGAAGAAGAAAAGGAGGCUAUUAGAAGAGAGUAUGAAGCGAGGAUAGCUCAGCUUCAAGAGCAAUUUGGACGAGAGCAAGCUGACAGAGAGAAGCUUCAACAAGAGCUGGAUCAGCUGCAGAAUGACUGGGAUGAGCAGCUCAAUGAAGCACAGGAUCGCUUCAACGUGUCUGCUAGUGUCACCCCCAACAGGUCUCAACACUCCAACAAGACACUCAUAUCACCACACCACUCCAAAAAUAACACAGGAAGAGCUGGUACCCCAGUAGCUUUAGUAUCUACAGAGAGCCUGGCUACUGAAACUGCUACAAUGGAGGCCUCUAAAGGUGCAGAGGGCCCUGGAGUGAUGGUGGUCGAUGAGCAGUUAGAGACUGAGCUUGGCAAGGAGCAUGGGGCAGCUCUAAAGAGACUGGAGGAGCUUCAGAAAGACAUGAUCGGAGGAGAAAAAGCUGAUGAUGAGUCCCUGCGGAAGGACCUUGAUGACAGACGUCUAGUGGCUGAGGAGAGAGAGGCCAACCUGAGGGAUGAGAAUGCUUUAUUUGAUGACGAUGGCAUUGUAGAACGGAUAUUUAACUCUCUCACAGAUGAAGUACGUGUCAAGACCCACCACAUUGAAAAACUCCAGACAAAAGUGCGUUCAGCUGAAGACGACAUCCAAGAUCUGAAUUCAGAGUUUGAGAUCGAACGACAAGACUACCUUGAUUCAAUUCGUGACCAAGAUAAGAAACUUAAACUGUACGAGCAGUUACUGAGAACAGUGGUCCCUUGUCUAAGACGAGACUGUAACUAUUUCAACAUUGAUAAAGUCAUGGACGAUUGUAAAUGGAACGAUGACCAAUCACAGUGGCUGCUUCCGAAAUUAGUGGUAACAAAGUCCAAUCUUUCUCCCGUAAACUCAAAAGCAACUGCCCUCGAUAAACGUAGCGGGCUUAUGAACAUGGGGAAGCAAGCGAGCACACCUGAAAUGCGCAAUGGAGCAGCUAUCUCUAAGGGCUUACACUCUUCAAACUCAACAUUGGUUCAGCCAGGAAGCCAUGACACGCAAGAAGAAGAUAGUAGGCUUCUCACACAUAUACAAAAGUUUGGACAACCAGAGUACUUUAAACCGAAAAGACAACUAGAAUUACUUGGGCAAUCAAAGGAAAUGUCUUCACCUGAACAUUCGAGUAACUUACCUGGUCUUGAUACGAGUUUCUCUAGCAAGAAAGUAGGCAGCAGUACAAAUUUACAACCCAGUGCAGCAGCAGUCCAUGGCAUAGACCUGUCUGGAGACCCUGUGUAUAAUCGAAGGCCUGGCAAGUUGCAGUCUCUACCGGGGAAAGCACCAUUGCCCACUCUGAACAGUAUGACCGUUAGUCCUCAUCGCUCCCAACACAAUAACUUACUCGAUAAAGUGGAAAAAAGACUGUCCAAUAGGAAGAAAAACAGUUUAGAACCUUUGAGUGAUAUCAAGGGCAGAAAGCCCCAUUAAUCUACAUGAAUUGAGUUGCUUAAUUUUUAUAAUAUUAUAAUUUGUACAUACAUUGCCCCUAUAAUUAUACACUUCUGUUUGA